UUUUAUCUCGGCAGGUUGAGGGUGUGUGGCAAGUCUUGUAUGAAUAUAUUCAAUACCAGAAAGACUUACUGAUUUUUUUGUUUCAUACCAAAUUUUAUCAGCAAUGGAUGAGGAAUAUGAUUAUGUCGUACUUGGCACUGGCUUAAAGGAAUGCAUUUUGAGUGGUUUGCUUUCUGUCAACAAAAAGAAAGUACUUCACAUGGAUCGCAACAAGUAUUAUGGCGGUCUUAGUGCGUCACUAACACCACUAGAAACAUUCUAUGAACAUUUCAAAAGGGAAGGUAAACCUGACGAGAAAUAUGGUAGAGGCAGAGACUGGAAUGUUGACCUAAUUCCCAAGUUUUUGAUGGCUGAUGGUGAACUUGUGAAGAUCCUUAUUCUUAGUGGGGUAACAAGAUACCUAGAGUUCAAGCAGAUUGAGGGAAGCUUUGUUUACAAGAGUGGGGGUAAAAUCUACAAAGUACCUGCAAAUGAGAAGGAGGCACUUGCCACGUCACUUAUGGGUAUUUUUGAGAAACGAAGAUUUAAGAAUUUCUUGCAUUUCGUGUCAAAUUUUGAGCCAGAAGAUCCCAAAACAUGGCAAGGUAUUGAUCCAGAUAAAACAACAAUGAGUGAAGUGUAUAAGAAGUUUGGACUGGAUGCCAACACUGAGGACUUCACAGGCCAUGCCUUAGCAUUGUAUAGAGAUGAUCAGUACAAAUCUAAGCCAUGUAAGGAAGCUCUAAUGAAGAUUAAUCUUUACAGCAACUCGUUAGCUCGUUAUGGGAAAUCCCCCUACCUCUACCCACUGUAUGGUCUUGGGGAACUUCCACAAGGAUUUGCUCGACUUAGUGCAAUUUAUGGAGGAACAUACAUGUUGGACAAACCUAUUGAAGGUUAUACAUAUGAUGAGUCGGGUGCUGUAAAUGGUGUGACAUCACAAGGUGAAACUGUCAAGACAAAAUGUGUUAUUGCUGAUCCAACUUAUUUUCCUGAAAAAGUCAAAAAAGUUGGCAAGGUUGUUCGGUGUAUCUGUAUACUGACACAUCCUCUACGAGACACAUCCAAUUCCUCAUCAUGUCAACUCAUCAUCCCCCAAAACCAAGUUGGAAGAAAGUCAGAUAUUUACGUGUGCUGUGUGUCGACCUCUCAUCAAGUUUGUCCUGAUAAGUAUUACAUUGCCGUGGUGAGCACAACCGUAGAGACUGACAACCCUGAAGCUGAACUUAAACCAGGCUUGGAUGUCAUUUCUCCUAUCGAGGAUAAAUUCUUGUCGGUUGAUGAUGUUUAUGAGCCAAUUGAUGAUGGGUCUCAAAGCAAGGUAUUCUUAACUACUUCGUAUGACGCCACAACUCACUUUGAAACAACGUGUCAAGAUAUCAAGGCCUUGUACAAGCGAUGCACUGGUGAAGACAUUGAUUUCUCACAAGUGCAAAAAGAUUUGGAAACGGUCGAACAAUGAAGAACCGUACCCAACCCUCCCCUCUCUAGUGAUCUCACAGAGUAAUCACGUCUCUAAUGUAUCAUCGUCACUUUCUGUCAAUGUUUUAGUAAACC